AUGCCCCGUAUGUACCACCGAGCACAGCUCGGUCUGCACAUCAAGCGAGCGCUCUGCGCUCACCAUGUUGAAAACCCCCAGCUCCGUCAUGUCGAUCUCGCCAGGUGGUGUUUCACGCGCUUCGGUGUGCGCCCCGACCGCUCCACUGUCGGCCGUGUUCUGAAAAAUGCCGACCGUUGGCGCAUCGACGACACCAACGACAAUGCCGUCCGUGUGCGAGGCGGUGCGUAUCCGGAACUUGAACAGGCCAUGGCCCGCUGGAUUGCGAGGGCGGGGCCGCCAGGAGUACCCCUGACUCUCGCGACUAUCCGGGACCACGUGGCGUACAUGGCCCGUGAAAAUGGCGCCCCCGCCACCUUCCGUUGUUCCAUCGGGCCACGUGGCGGGAAGGAAGAACAGCAAGGAGCGCCUCACCGUGGGCUUCCUUGUCAACGCGGACGGCUGAAGUUUCGUCCUCUCGUAAUCUCCAAGGCGCGGCGUCCGCACGACUUCCGCCCCGACUAUGAUCCGGAGGAGCUGUGCUACUGGCGCACCACUACCAAAGGAUGGAUGACGACCGCGCUCUUCACGCACUUUAUCGAGCAGCUGGACGCGGCGAAGUUCGCCGAGGGGAGGCAGAUUGUCAUCCUGAUGGAUAACGCCAGCAGCCACACUCUCACGACUCGCACGGCCGUGACCGAAGAUCUCUUCGGGUUCCGCACCCGCAAGCUCGAGAACGUGCGGAUCGUCUACCUCCCGCCCAACACGACCUGCUUCACGCAGCCUCUCGACCAAGGCCUGAUUGCGAUGGCGAAGGCGCGUUAUCGCGCCCAUUGGCUGCGCAAGUUUACCGGCAUGUGGGCGGCCGAGGGCGCCACGUCAGCGGCGGCGCGCUUCAGGCUGAACCUCCGUGAUGUCAUCGCAUGGCUGAGCGACGCAUGGAUGAACAUCCCGCCGCGCACAAUCCAGCGGUGCUGGUGGCGCACGGGGUGUCUCCCCCGUGUGUGGGCGAUGGAGCUGGCGCACGUCGGCGCCGAGGCUAUUCGCGACCCAGAUACCGUGGCCGACAUCGGCCUCGAUGGGGAGGUCAACGAUGUCGGCCUCCUCAUCGACCGCCUGUGCCUGGGGUCGAGCGCCAUGGCGCCAGCGGAUUUCGUGGCGGUGGAUGAUAACCAGCCGUGUUGCGCGGAGCCGGGAGAUGAUCCCCUCGCAAUGGAGCCGAGGGCAGCACCGACGCACGACACGUGGGCGCCUCCCUCGACAAUGCAGGAGGUGUACGACGACGCGAACCCAGCGUCGUGCGAAGCGCGCCGCACUGCUCGCCUGGCGACAGAGAUGCUGAUUGGCUACGCCAAGGCGACCUGCGUCACGCCCCGCGACCUGUGCGCGCUGUUUGAUAUCCGCAACCCAAUCAUCCGCGAGCGGAUGGAGCGCGCAAGCCCCCCGCUGAACCUCAACAUGACCCCGCCUCCCGCCAUGACGGCUGCAUCCACCCCUGAGGCCGAGGCCCCCCGUCGUCGUGGCCGUGUGCUUCCCGCUCGCUCAUAUCCGUUUCCAUCGAUGGCGGAAGCGGUGGUGAUUGCGCGGAUACGGAAGAAAGAAGCGGAGGAGCAGGCGUCGCUGACUCGCUCUCGCAGCCUGCUGGAGGACAAGUUCGGCGCGUAUGAGCGGGCGAACCGUCAGAUGUGGGCUCGCUCCUCGUCCUUCGCCGAUAGUUCCGGCGCUUCUCCAGACGCAAACGACGCGAAAAUAUUGUCGCGAAGUCCUCUCGGCCAAUCACCGCUUUAUCCUCGUGCCGUAUCCAACUCUUCGCACGAUCACGGUACGGAGGAAACGGAUGCGGAAGAAGAUUCAAAACGUGGGUUUGGGAGCUACACGGAAAACCACCUGGCGGAGCAGAGGGAAGCAUACCCUUCGAGACAAACAGGAGGUUUUCAGGGGGGCGACGGCAAUAAACAGAUCGAGAAUAGCAGCGGGGGAGAGGGACGUGUGGGCAAUGGUGGCAGAAUCGGCGAGGAGGCAGGCAGAGAUAAUAGGAACGGCAAGACACAGGAGUGCUAUGGGGGAGCAUUUUGGCGACAAAAAAGCGGUAACGCCUGGAAUGGCCUCGAUUCCACCUUCCAGUACUUGGGAAAAGGUUGGCUCUGGGGCGAAUCUAGAGAAACCAGUAGGAAUGAAGGGGAUGGGGGCGACAGCGGUGAGAACAGUGAUGUUACGGAGAGGGGGUGCGAGGAUGAGGCUUACGGCGCAGGGAGAGGCGGUGAGGAGGGCGAGCCUGGGGCGCGCUUGCUGCCGCACAUGGAUUCUAUACGGGAGGACGGGGACGACGAGGAUGUGAUACUAGCGAACGAGCUGGAGGAGAUCGAUAAGGAGGUCGUGCAAGAGGUGUUCAAUCGAGUCAGCCUGCUGCGCGCGCAGGUGCAGCACUACCGCGCGCUGGGCGGGUUUGUGCUGCUGAUGGCGCUGUUCGUGGCAAUGGUGUAUCUGCAGGCCGACUCCUCCCGCACCUACCAAGUCACCGCCGCCCACUCCGUCCUCAUCCCCUCCAACUUUGCACCGGAUUCGUCCAAUCGGUUUGCAGGAGCGGCGGACUUCUAUGCAUGGCUGAACAACAGCAUCAUUGAGAAUUUCUGGCAGGACCCGCCCUGCGGGGAUGGCCUCUGCGACCAGCCACUGGAGUUCCCAGCUUUCGGCCGCUUUGGCUGUGAGGCGGACUGCGGCACGUUCCCGAACUUGACGUCGGUGUCGGUCCAUUUCACGACGUCAUUUUCAUCAAGUGAAGCCCUGGCGGUGUCCUCAUGGAACCUGUGCAUGCAGAGCCCCAUCUCGCUGUGCUGGCACGCCCUCCCCCAGCCCUUCCCCGCGCUGCACGCCCAGUUCUCCCUCGCCCUCGACAUCCCCGACGGCCACUGGGCUCUCCUCAUCACCGCGCCCAUGGGGGGCGUGCAAGGCGUGCUGCAGGCACAGAAGCCGGGGUUGGGGCAUCUGAGUGGGGACGUGACGAUGGGGGCGAGUAACAGUGUUACGCUGGCUACCUGGGGCGGGUGCCUGGGGGGGGAGGGCUUGUCCAGGAGGGAUUCGAAUGCCACGCUGCUCCAAGACGGUGGCGAUCCGUGCCGCCAGGCCUGUGAGUCCGUGGCAAUGUGCCUGAACGCUGCGUGUGGGCGGGAGGUGGCAGCAAGGGAGGUGGCGGGCGCGUUUGUGGAUUGCGUCAAGAUCUGCCGAGCAUCGCCUCCCACCAUCCUGCAAUACGCCACUGCGUCGUGCCUUCAGAUCAUUGCUGUCAAACCAUCCCUCUUCCCCAAUUCUCUAUGCACUGCAAGGGAUCGCCGACAAACACAGGAGGCAGUUGCACCAGCAUCGCCUGGGCCAGGAAUGGUUGCUGCUGUGGAUGCUGCACAGGCAGCUGCUGUGGAUGCUGCACAGGCAGCUGCUGUGGAUGCUGCACAGGCAGCUGCUGUGGGAGCGAAUGCAGGUGGGGCGCGUUGGGGCUGGAGCAGCAUCACCAGCAGCAACGCAGCAGUGGCCAGCACCAAUGUCAGUGGCAACGCCGGUGGCAACAGCACCAGUGCUGCCAUUGCGGAUUCCAGCUUCUUUCCCCCACCCGUCCUCCGUCCGGCUGCUGACAUGCAGCUGCCACACCUGGCAGAGGCGCCAAGGGCGUGGGAGCUGCUGGGGUCCACAGAGAAGCAGCGCGUGAGAGCGCUGCAGGUGGCGGUGUCCCGGGCCAUCUACACCAUGGUCAAGGACAGCUGCCUCGCCGGGCCCUACAUGCUCGGCCUCUCCGUGCGCUACCGCCUGCGCCUCACCGCCUUCCUCUGCACGCUGCUGGGCGGGCCCGUGCUCGAGCAGCCACUGUGCCGGUUUGCGAAUUCGACGGGGCAGCAGCUGCUGCGCGCACAGGAGCUGUUUGACCACCUGAAACAAGUGCACCGCGGCGUCAACGACAAGGCAGUGUCAUCGCAGCAGCUGCGGCGCUUCAUAGACAUUCUCAUCGCCGCCCUGCAGUCCGUCACCACCAUGCCGCCCCAAGCUGCUGCCGACCUCUCCGCCUUCUUCCACCGCUUUGAAGACGCCAUCGUCAGCACCGACAUCGCUGGCUGCUCCCAAGGAGGCACGUGGCUGCAGUGGCGGGCGGGAGUGAAGCACAACACGACCAUCCAUGUGGGCGACAAGGUCACUUGGGUGUGGGAUGACGACCUCCCGCACUCCCUCAGAAUCGCGGGCAUGGGCGAUGCGCCGACGCCCUUCUUCCCGGGGUUUGGAGGGCACCGCCUGGCGGUGUCGCGGCUGUUCCCCUGCUCGCCCAUGACCAUGGGGGAGGACGACGACUACGACGACCCCGUGCCCUGCGUGCUGCGUACGUCAUGCCACACCCUCUCCCCCUCUCCCUCCCUUCUCCCCCUCUCUGCCUGGCGGUGUCGCCUCUUCCCCUGCUCGCCCUUGACCAUGGGGGAGGACGACGACCCCGUGCCCUGCGUGCUAAAGCUCCCAGGGGCCACCAACGCCACGUUCACAUACACCAAGGUGUUCACCCAACCGGGCACAUACCACUAUGAGAGCGGUGGGCAGGACGCGGGCGAAGUGGCAUCCUCCGCGUUCUCUUCUUCCUCCGCUUUCUCUGCUGCCUCUGCUGCGUCCACCACGGGUGGUGCUCUCCUGCCGCCCGCCAUGUCUGGCAUGGUCACUGUGCUCGUUCCGCCGCCUGAGGCCCCAGACCCAGCGUUCCAGUGCUCCCCCGGGUGCUCCAUGCACAUGCUGGCGGACGGGGUGUGCAAUCCUCCCUGCAACACGCCCGCCUGCACCUUUGACGGCGGUGACUGCGGCUGCAUUGACUCCGUGCUCGGCCCCGGCUUCUGCGCCUGCCCGCCCGGCCACGCGCGUCGCCACGAUGGAGCGUGCUGCAUGUCGUCUGCAGUGGGCCGAGACCUGCACUUCCCCUUCUCGCUGCAGCGCUAUGGCCCCAACUAUACUGAGAGCAACCGCGCCUUUGCUGCCGAGAGGAACGCGCCGCUCACUCGCUUUGUGGGGCAACACAACAGGCUGCUCAUCGGCAUAUUCCUCUACCAGGAGCGAUGGGGAGUGAAGACAUGCAACCCAGACCACCUGCUGCACCUGGCGGGGUGGUGCAGCAACGGCACAUCCAGGGAGCCCUUUGGAGUGAACCCGCACUUCCUGCCCUCCUCCUCCCUCUAUGACCCAGUAGCCGUUGCAGCAGCUGCCUCCACCCUGCUCCAGAGCACGAAUGCCAGUGCUAGUGCCGGUUCCAGUGCCAGUGGUGCUGGUGGUGAGCAUGCAGUACUGAACCCCCAAGGCUUGCCGUAUGGAUUUGAGUACCCCGUGGAGGGGUUGGAGGGCUACCCGCUGGUGUUUGACAUCAAUUUGGACCACCGGGGAGCGGAGAACCGCCUGCAGUACCUCGUGGACGGGCUGUAUAUUGACAAUGCCACCCGCAAGCUGGAGGUCUCUUUUAUCACCCACAACGGUGAGAGCAGCACAUUUGUCCUCACGCGCGUCACAGCCGUGGUCGACACGGGCGGCGGGCUCGUCACCUCCUUCUCCUCGCUCUCCGUGCCAAUCGACAUGUACUCCCAAUCCCUCACCUCGGUCUUCCUGCUGCUGCUGCAAGCCGUGUACGUGUUGGCGCUGCUGUGGAACGGGGUGGAGGAGGCGGUGGAGCUGCGGGGGCGAGUGAAGCGAGAGGGGUCCGUGCUCAGCUACUUCCGCUCCGGCUGGAACUGGAUCGACCUCGCCUCUCUCCUCCUGCAGUGGCUCGCUCUCAUCACCUGGAUUGUGCUCUGGCGGGCUGUGGCUACUAAUGACAUGGACCCAAGAUAUGAUGUGUAUGAGUCGCUGCUGGAGAUGCCGCGGUACUGGCAGGUGGCGGGGAGUGGAGAGGGGUUCAAGGCGGCCAUGCAGGAGUACGAGGACCUCCAGGCGCUCAUCAACUGGCGCUCCUUUUACUUUGCCCUGCAGGGCGUCAAUCUCUUCUUCCUGAUGGUGCGGCUGCUCAAGCUGAUGGACUUCCAGCCCUAUCUGGGCGUCAUCACUCGUUCCCUCGCCCUCGCCAUGCCCCCGCUACUACAUUUCUUCCUGCUCGCCUUUGUCGUCUUCUUCUGCUUCUCCCUCUACGGCUACCUCGUCUUCGGCGCCAAGAUGGAGCAGUUUGCAACGCUGCCCGACGCGCUGUUUGCGUGUUUCCUGAUCAUCCUGAACGAGAAUGCGACGGCCUACUUCUUUGCACACAUGCACGGGUGGGACCUGGUGGCAGGCAUGCUCUUCUUCAUCGCCUUCAUUCUCCUCCUCGUCUUCAUCCUCUUCAACUUCCUCAUCGCCAUCAUCGUCGACGCCUUCAUGACCAUCAAGGAGACCCAAGAGCUAGCAACAUCCAUAGCGGAGGACGUGGGCACCAUCGUGCGGUACCUCUUCUGCCGCCUCACGGGGCGCUACGCCUCCUACUCCUCCAUCCUGCACCGCCUGCAGCAGCUCGGCGCGCGCGACUUCGCCGCGGACGAGGCACGGCACCGCAUCCAGCGGUACCGCUCGCUGCAGCGCCGGGCCAAAACGGCAGUGGUGCGAGGGUUUUGUGGGAGGAAGGCUGCGGAGGUGGAAAGAGCGAAGACGAUGGCGGCGGGUGGGGCGGGGGCGGUGGCGGCGCCGCAGAGGGUGCUGCAGGUGAAGGGGCAGAGCAUUGAUGACAUCUCGCUCGCCAUGAUCCUGCAGCGCCGCCACUCCACGCAGGUGCUGCCGUACUCACCAACAGGCAGCCCAGACCAAGAGGAAAGCCUGACUGGUUCGGUGCCAGCUGUGGAGGAACUCUCUCACCAGCUUCUGCAACAGCUAGGGGAGAAUGAAGUCCUUUUCACCACUCCAAAGCCACUCACCAAGCCAAAGCCCGGCCUGCACCAGAUCCAGGAGGAGCUGGUUCACUCACGAGAGUCAUUGGAGGAGCUCAAGGCAAUGGUGGUUUCCCUUCAGGCAUCACUGCUGCUGGCUACUGCCAACGCGAGCGGGUUAACAGGCAGGAUGGCGGAAGCGGUGGUGAUAGUGCGCAACCGGAAGAAGGAGGAGGAGGAGCAGGGGGGCGCGCUGACGCGCUCCGCCAGUCUGCUGGAGGACAAGUUCUCCGCGUACGAGCGCGCCAACCACCAGAUGUGGGCGCGCUCCGCCUCCAACGCCGGCCCCAGUCACGACCAGCCGCGCGCACAUCACGUGCUUCCGCUCGUGCGGCCGUGGCGGGAGAAGCAUGAGGGCGGAAAGAAGCGCGGCCAGCGGGAGCGGAACUGCGUUCAGCGUACCCACGUGCCGGUCAUAUCUCGCCCUCCUGCCGCCCUCCGUUUGACUCCGUUCCCCUGUAGGCCCUGUCCGCUGGAGCUCCUGCGUUCUCACCUCCGCCACGCAUUGCCUCCUCCUCCCAUGACCCUGCACACAUCCCCGUGCAACCCCGCACAUCCCCGCGCACCGUUUUGCAUCCCCUCACACCCCUGUGCACCGCACUGCACCCCCGUUCCCCGUGGGCGCGCAGACGUGUUUGACCGCGUGAGCUUCCUGCGCGCGCAGGUGCAGCACUACCGCGCGCUGGGCGGGUUUGUGCUGCUGAUGGCGCUGUUCGUGGCCAUGGUGUAUCUGCAGGCCGACUCCUCCCGCACCUACCAAGUCACCUCCGCCCACUCCGUCCUCAUCCCCUCCAACUUCGCUCCAGAUUCGUCCAACCGCUUUGCAGGAGCGGGCGAGUUCUACUCGUGGCUCAACGAAAGCAUCAUUCAGGUGGCUCCCAUGCCUGCUUGCCCUCAUCAGCUCCCCGCUGCUUCCUUCUUCUCCGCGCUGCUGCUCUCUUCUGCCAUCGCUCGCAUUUCCAAUGGUUCAACCAUCUGCUGCUUCCGUCACCCAUGCUUCAUGCGCCAUUAUGCCAUGUGCCAGUUUGCCACAGUUUGCCACACAUGCUUGGUCUAUAUUGUAAGUGUGUGUGGAGUGUUCCCAUUCACCCUCUCCCCACCCUCCUCACUGCAGCAAUUCUGGCAAGACCCCCCAUGCGGUGACGGCACAUGCGACCAACCCUUCGAGUUCCCCGCGUUCGGCCGGUUUGGCUGUGAAGCAGACUGCGGCACGUUUCCCAACCUCACCUCCGUCUCCAUCCAUUUCACAACAUCCUUCUCCUCACCUGAGGCCCUGGCGUGGUCCUCAUGGAACCUGUGCAUGCAGAGCCCCAUCUCGCUGUGCUGGCACGCCCUCCCCCAGCCCUUCCCCGCGCUGCACGCCCAGUUCUCCCUCGCCCUCGACAUCCCCGACGGCCACUGGGCGCUCCUCAUCACCGCGCCCAUGGGGGGCGUGCAGGGCGUGCUGCAGGCGCAGAAGCCGGGGAUGGCGCGGCUUGGGUCGGGUGGAAGCGAGGCCACCACCGUGUUUCCCAACUCCAUGUGCACAGACAAGGCUUCAUCUGCCCGUCGGAAAGCAAGGGACGACGCUGGGGACGCACACAGUGGGUCGCAUGCGCGAGGGCAUGCAGAGGAAGUGCAUGGAACGAGGCACCGUUUCCACCAGAGCCGGCACCGUGCAGCAGCAGACGCACAUGCAGCGGCGGUGGAGGCAGCUGCAACUGCUGCACACAGGGAUGGCAGCGCACAUGAGAACCCUGUGCCAUCAUACCAUGCGACAUCGUACCAUUCGUCGCACCAUGGGGCAUCAUACCAUGAGAGUCACCAUGGUUCAGCAGCCUACCAUGGGUCAGCCUAUCAUGGUUCAGCGUUCCAUGCAUCAUCACUCCAAGGCCCAGAGCAGUACCAUGAGCAUGCGGCUCACACCCCCCAAGCCGCUUCUGCCCGCAACCCCCAUGCCGCUUCUGCCCGCAACCCCCAUGCCGCUUCUGCCUACCACAGCCAUGCCGCCAUGCCUGGACUCUCCGCCUCUGCUGCCGCAACCGCUGACCAGGCAGCAGCGGUGGGAGCGGUGGGGGUGGGAGGGGACCGCAUGGUGCAGGCAGCUGAUCUAUCGGAAGAAACCCUUGACCUCCCGCAUCUCUCCACUGCUGCCAACGUGUGGACGCUGCUCGGCUCCACAGACGCGCAGCGAAUCAGGAACCUCCAGGUGGCGGUCUCACGGACCCUAUACACGAUGAUAAAGGACUCGUGCCUUGCUGGACCCUACGCCAUGACGCUCACAGAGACCUACCGCCGCAAGUUCACGGCGUUCCUGUGCACCAUCUUUGGCGGGCCGGCUGAGCAGCUGGAGCUGUGCCGCUUCCGCAACGCCACGGGAAACCAGCUGCUGCAGCCGGAGGAGCUUUACAGACACCUCAAGAAGGUGCACCUGGGUGGCCGCCUUGUCAUAACCUCACAGCAGCUGCGGCGAUUCAUCGACAUCCUCCUAGCCGCCAUGCAGUCCGUGACCGCGCUCACCCCCGACGCCCUGGCGGACCUCUCGGCCUUCUUCCACCGCCUGGACCCCGCCAUCGUGAGCACGAGCACCGAGGGGUGCUCGCAGGGCGGCACGUGGCUGCAGUGGAAGGCGGGUGUGAAGCACAACACGACCAUCCAUGUGGGCGACAAGGUCACCUGGGUGUGGGAUGAUGACCUCCCACACUCCCUCAGAAUAUCGGGCAUGGGCGACGGGCCGAAGCCCUUCUUUGAGGGCUUUGGGGGCCACCGCCUGGCGCUGUCGCGGCGCUUCUUCUGCUCGCCCAUGAACGUGGGCGCCAAGGACGAUUAUGAUGACCCCGUGCCCUGCGCCGUCAAGCUCGCAUCAGAUGUCAACGCCACGUUCACAUACACCAAGGUGUUCAACCAACCGGGCGUGUACCUCUAUGAGAGCGGCGGCAACGACGUUGGCGAGAUCGGCGACAUUGGGGGGGCGGGGCCCUCCUCCGCCUCUGCCUCCUCUGCUUCCGCUGCCGCCACCACAGGCUCCUCCUCCAUGUCGGGGAUGGUCACCGUGCUUGUUCCGCCUCCCGAGCCUAAAGCGUGCUGUGUGUCGGACGCAGUGGGGGACAAUCUGAGCUACCCCUUCUCGCUGCAGCGCUACGGCGCCAACUUCUGGGAGAGCAACCGCGCAUUUGCUGCCGAGAGGAACGCACCGCUCACUCGCUUUGUGGCCUCGCACAACAGGUUGCUGAUAGGCAUGUUCCUACACCAGCGCCGCUGGAGUGUCAAGACAUGCCAAGGCUCUGG